GCCCGGGCGCGGUGCGCCCCCUCCUCCCUGCGCGGGAGCUUGCCUUAGGGCCCGGGAGGGGCGCAGAGCGGCCGGCGGCUGCGUGGAGUCUCCGCGCGGUGGCCGCCCGUGGAGGCAGCGCCGUCCGCGCAGGGACCGGGACGAGCCCCGGGGCGGAGCCGCGUCCUUCCCCGCCCCCCGUGCCUCGCUCGGCGACCACCGCGUUUGGUUUUCCACACUUGUUACCUCCCCCCCGCGCCGUUGCUGGGAGGCAGACGUAGACGUCGUAGAAUUUCAGCAGAGUGGCCACUUCUCCACGGCUGGACGGGGGUGUGGCGGCGGGUCGGGGGGCCGCGCUCACCGCGAGCGGAACCUCGCUCCGGGGCCGCUCACCUGCCUGCGGCCACCGGAUGUCGCGUCUGCAGAGCCCAUGGCUGGCCUCGGGGCGCCGCCGCUGCUGCUGCUGCUCCUGCCCUCGGUGGCGCUGGUGUCCUUCGCUCCCGAGAGCGUCCUGCGAGCCAGGCGGCGAUUCCAUAAGGGGAUCGGGGAGGCCUGCGAGAAACAUUCCGAGUGCCAGAGUGACUGCUGCGUCACCACCAGCCUGAACCCGCAGAAAUUCUGCAGCCCCCAGACCGUCUUCCUGCAGUGUCUGUCGUGGCGGAAGCCCAACGGGUACAGCUGCCUGGACCACUCCGAGUGCCACAGCAGCUGCUGUGUGCAGCAUCACUACAGCCCGCAGUGGUUCUGCACACCCAAGACCAUCUUCUUCCAGUGUGUGCCCUGGCGCAAGUCACAGCGAGUGCAAGAGCAGGUGCUGCCUCAGGGCCACCGAAGCCAGCAGCUUGCAGUGCACCCCCCGGAGCGGGAUCCUGGCCCAGUGCUUGCCCUCAUGACGUGGACGUGGACCACGAACGUGCGGCUGCUGGAUGAGGCCGUGCCCGGGCCUCAAACGAGGUUGGAGUCCGCUCCCAGCUCCUGCUGCCCUUUCUCCAGCUGCUACGACUGCUGAGAGUAGACACACCUGCCGCCUUCCCAAACACCCAGCCCGAGACAGCGAAACGGUCUGUACCCUGAGAGCGAAUCGCACGUCCUGGACAGGCAUCAAUAAAUGUUAUCGAUUGAACAAGGAGGUGUGUUUUAUCGCCCCUAUUUGUGUCAGAUAACAAAGACAUGAAAAGCUGUAGAAAAUCUGGAGAUAAAAAAGUAGAGUCUGUUCAGAUAUAAUACAAUAAGUCCCUUCCUAAGAAGCUUGUUUAAGGAAAGAUCACGUUAUAAAAACAAUCGUCUUACUUGGAAA